AGCAGCUUAACACGGCUGGAUUAACAGUCCGAAAUAAUAAAAAAAUGCUAUCAAUUCUUCUAUAAACUAAGAUAAACGGUCCGCUUCAGGCGGGACGAAAAGACGCCGCGCCAAGGCACGGGAGCAGGCAGCCAAAGGGUCGUCCCACCCGUGGCACGCAAGACACUGCCUCAUUCACGUCCCAUGACUGACUUUGAUCGACACACAUCUGCUGUCGCUACGGUUACGCGAGGUUCAGGUAUGUUUUGUACGCAAUAGUGGCUAGAUGUGCCCGAUACAGGUGGAAUCGAACCACGGCCCGAGCUGGUGUGCAAAUGCUUCGUGCGUGCUUAAAAGAUAGCUUUGAAAAGUUGUUUUUCUGCUCUUUCGUAAAGUGUAUCGUUAGUGCGUGUGUGUGCGCGUGUUUAUUUCGUAAAUAACAUCAAAUUACCCAGUGGUUAGCGCAUCUUGUGUCGUGUGAUUGUGGCAAAAAAGUGUGUGUGAGAGAGAGUCCGUAAGUGUUAUUAAUAUUUUACCAACAAAAAAAGUAGAAGAAGAGAAGAAAAAGCUUCCCCAGGAAAUGGCACGAAAGGGCAGCCUCACCGAAAGCAAACCAUCCUGCUAACGCCAGUGCAACAGAAUCGCAACACAAACCGCUUUUUAGCAUCGACGGCGAAUGCAGACACCUUCGGCAGCGCGCGAAGACGGUGAUAUAUUGGCGGCAACAUGUCGCAACGCGAUUUUUCAGAGAACGAACCGGAAGGUACGCCGGAACUGCCCGCGGCCAACAGGGCCCUCUUCCUCGAGAAGGUGCGCCAGUCGAACACCGCGUGCCAGAACGGCGACUUCAGCACCGCCGUCCAGCUGUACACGGACGCGCUCGGGCUGGACCCGGGCAACCACAUCCUCUACAGCAACCGGUCGGCCGCCCGGCUGAAGCAGGGCCAGUUUGCGCUCGCCCUGCAGGAUGCGACGCGGGCCCGCGAGCUCUGCCCCCAGUGGCCGAAGGCGUACUUCCGCCAGGGCGUCGCGCUGCAGUGUCUCGGCCGGUACGGCGAAGCGCUGGCCGCGUUCAGUGCCGGUCUGGCGCAGGACCCCAACAGCAAGCAGCUGCUGGCCGGGCUGGUGGAGGCAUCGAUCAAGAGCCCGCUGCGCCAUGCCCUCGAGCCCACCUUCCAGCAGCUGAAGGCGAUGAAGCUCGACCAGUCCCCGUUCGUGGUGAUUUCGGUGGUGGGGCAGGAGCUGCUCGGCGCCGGCCAGUACCAUGCGGCGGUGACCGUGCUCGAGUCGGCGCUGCGCAUCGGCUCGUGCUCACUGAAGCUGCGCGGCUCCGUCUUUUCCGCGCUCAGCUCCGCCCACUGGGCGCUCAACCAGCUGGACAAAGCGAUCGCGUACAUGCAGCAGGACCUGGCGGUGGCCAAAAGCUUGGGCGACACGGCGGGCGAGUGCCGGGCGCACGGGAACCUCGGCUCGGCCUACUUCAGCCAGGGCUCGUACAAGGAGGCGCUGACGUCCCACCGCUACCAGCUCGUGCUGGCGAUGAAGUGCAAGGACACGCAGGCGGCGGCCGCCGCCCUCACCUCGCUCGGCCACGUGUACACCGCGAUCGGGGACUACCCGAACGCGCUCGCCUCGCACAAGCAGUGCGUGCAGCUGGUGAAGCAGAUGGGCGACCGGUUGCAGGAGGCGCGCGAGAUCGGCAACGUCGGCGCAGUGUACCUGGCGAUGGGCGAGUUCGAUUCGGCCGUCGACUGCCACACGCAGCAUCUGCGGCUGGCCCGCAAGCUCGGCAACCAGGUGGAGGAGGCCCGGGCGUACAGCAACCUCGGCUCGAGCUACCACUACAAGCGCAACUUCACGCAGGCCAUCACGUACCACGAGAGUGUGCUGCGCAUCGCGCAGCAGCUCGGGGACCGGGCGAUCGAGGCGCGCGCGUACGCCGGCCUCGGCCAUGCGGCCCGCUGCGGCCACGACUUUGUGCAGGCGAAGCGGUGGCACGAGAAGCAGCUCGAGAUGGCGCUGGCGGCGCGCGACAAGGUGGGCGAGGGGCGCGCCUGCUCCAACCUGGGCAUCGUGUACCAGCUGCUCGGCGAGCACGACGCGGCGCUGAAGCUGCACCAGGCGCACCUUACCAUCGCCCGGCAGCUGCAGGACAAGGCCGGCAUGGGCCGGGCGUACGGCAACAUCGGCAACGCGUACUCGGCCGCCGGCUACUACGAGUCGGCCAUCAAGUACCACAAGCAGGAGCUGAUCAUCAGCAAGGAGGUGCACGACCGCAGCGCGGAAGCGUCCACCCACGGCAACCUGGCGGUCGCGUACCAGGCGCUCGGGGCGCACGAUAUGGCGCUGAUGCACUACCGGGCCCACCUGAACAUUGCGCGCGAGCUGAAGGACACGGCGGGCGAGGCGUGCGCCCUGCUCAACCUCGGCAACUGUCUGAGCUCGCGGCAGGAGUUCGCGCAGGCGGUGCCGUACUACGAGCAGUACCUGAUGCUGUCCCAGGAGCUCGGGGACGUGGCGGCCGAGGGCAAGGCGUGCCACUUUCUCGGCUACGCGCACUACUGCAUCGGCAACUACCGGGAGGCGGUGCGGUACUACGAUCAGGAUCUGGCCCUCGCCAAGGAUCUGCAGAACAAGAUGAACAUGGGCCGGGCGUACUGUAACCUGGGGCUGGCUCACCUCGCCCUCGGCAACACGGGCGGAGCGCUCGAAUGUCAGAAGUACUUCCUUGCGAUCGCGCACAUGACGAACCAUCUGCCGGGGAAGUUCCGCGCGCUCGGCAACAUCGGCGACGUGCUGAUACGGAUGGGCGACGUGGACGAGGCGAUCAAGAUGUACCAGCGGCAGCUGGCGCUCGCCCGCCAAACGCGCGAGCGGGGCAUGGAGGCGGCCGCCUGCGGUGCGCUCGGGCUGGCCCACCGGCUGCUCAAGAAGCUGGACAAAGCGCUCGGGUACCACACGCAGGAGCUGACGCUGCGGCAGGAGAUGAGCGAUCUGCCCGGGGAGUGCCGGGCGCACGGGCAUCUCGGCGCGGUGCACAUGGCGCUGGGCAACUACACGCACGCGGUCAAGUGCUACCAGGAGCAGCUGGAGCGGGCCCAGGAGCUGCAGGACUCGGCGGUGGAAGCGCAAGCGUUCGGCAACCUGGGCAUCGCGCGGCUCAACAUGGGCCACUACGAGGACGCGAUCGGGUACCUCGAGCAGCAGCUCGGCACACUCGAGCAGGUGAGCUCGCCGACCGCCCAGCACGAUCGGGCGCGGGCCCUCGGCCACCUGGGCGACUGUUACGACGCGCUCGGCGACUACCACACCGAGGCGAUCAAGUGCCACGAGCGGCACCUGCAGCUAGCGAUCGCACUGCAAAGCCCCCGGGACCAGGAGCGCGCGUACCGGGGCCUCGGCAACUGCUACAAAUCCGUCGGCAACCUGCAGGAGGCGCUCGUGUGCCUCGAGAAGCGGCUGGUCGUGUCGCACGAGCUGGGCAGCGCGGAGGCGAAGGCGGCCGCGUACGGUGACCUCGGCAGCAUCCACAGCGCCCUCGGCAACUACGAGCAGGCGAUCAACUGCCUCGAGCACCAGCGGGACAUUGCGCGCGAGCUGGGCGACCGGGUGCUGACGUCCGAUGCGAUCAGCGGGCUUGGCGCCGUGUUCCAGCAGAUGGGCGACUACGACGAGUCGCUGCGCCUGCACAAGCAGGACCUGGAGCUGGGCGAAAGCGUGAACCACGCGACGCUGCAGGCACGGGCCAGCGGGAACCUCGGCUCCGUGUACGAUGCGCUGCGCAACUACGCCGAAUCCGCUCGCUACUACGAGAAGCAGCUCACCCUGACCGCCGACCGGCAGACGAAGGCGCACGCCUGCCUUGCGCUCGGCCGGGUGUACCACGCGAUGGAGCAGGUGCCGCAGGCGGUCGGCUUCCUGCGGCAGGGGCUCGCCAUCGCCCAGUCGCUCAACAAGCUGGAGGACGAGGCGAAGCUGCGCUACCGGCUCGGGCUGGCGCUCGUUGCGUCCGGCGAGGACGAUGCCGCCCGCCAGCAGAUGGAAAGUGCGGCCCAGAUCCUCGAGUCGAUCCGGAGCGAUCAGGUGACGCCGGAAGGGCGCACCCAGCUGUACGACCUGCAGACCGCCUGCUACCAGACGCUGCAGCGCGUGCUGGUCGGGCUGGGGCGCACCGAGGAGGCGCUCGUGGCGGCCGAACGGUGCCGGUCGCGCCUCGGCGCCGACUCGAACCAGAGCGCGGAAAACUCGCUCAACAACCGGAAAACGCUGCUCACCUGCAGCGAGUACAUCUUCGACACGGUCAACCGCAGCAAGACGAGCAUCAUCUACUACAGCCUGGCCGGGGCCGACCUGUACGCGUGGUUCCUGCAGCCCCAGAAGCGCAUCGUGCGCUUUCACGCAACCAAGCUGGACGACCAAACGCUGCCGAUGCUGAAACAGAAGGCACUGGCGGGACCGGCCGGACCCAGUGCAGCCGCGCUGGACGCGAAGGGUGGAGCAGGUGGUAAGCUGGUGGUGCAGGAGGGCGGCGGUGACGAUGGGUCGAUGGGCGACGAGCAGAGCCUGCUGGCGCGGUACAUCAACUACGUGCGCGACUGUCUCGGCGUCAACUCGGGCAGCGUGCUGCAGGAGGGCGACGGCAGCGGCUGGAAGUCGUCGAGCGAGAACCUGAUCGACGAUUUCACGAACGAGCGGGCCGGCUUUCUGCGCAUGGUCAACCGGAACCAUCUGCUCAACUCGAGCAACUACUCGCUCAGCUCGCUGUUCAGCCUCGGGAGUGUCGGUGGCUCGGUCGCCAGUCUGCAGGGCUCAACACGAUCGAUCGGAAGCCUGCAGGGAUCGACACGCUCGAGACGCUCGAACAUGCUGCCACCGUGGCAGGGACCGUCCUGUCUGCAUGUCCUCUACAAUCUGCUGCUGGCGCCGUUCGAGGACCUGCUACCGGACAUUAGCACAACUGCUCGAAUUGGGCGCCGUGAGCUGAUUCUCGUGCUGGAGAAGGAACUGUACCUGGUGCCGUUCGCCAUCCUGCGCAGUGGCGAUGAGGAUGGCGAGUAUCUGUCGGAACGGUGCUCGUUGCUUACCGUGCCGUCGCUGCACACGCUACGCCAGAAGAGUCGCAUCAAGACGCGUGAACCUGCUGAAGGGCUGAACAGUGCGCUCGUGAUCGGCGGACCAAAGAUACCGUCCUCGCUGUCGGACACGUGGGGCUGGUCGGAUUCGCCCGCCUCGCUGCAGGAGGCGGCCAUGGUGUCCGACAUGCUCAACACGAAGCCGCUCGUCAGCACGAGCGCCACCAAAGAGGCGAUCGUGUCGGAGCUGCCGGCCGCCGAGUGCGUCCACUUUGCCGCCAACGUGAGCUGGAAGCUGGGCGCGGUCGUGCUCAGCCCGGGCGAGGUGCUCGAUUCACCGAGCACCGGCAAGCGGUUCUAUCCGAGCGCGGCCGGUGAGCUGCUCGGCGCCGACAACGACGAAGAGCCGACCGACCUGUCCACCACCAACAUGGAAAUACCGCCCCUGUCCGACUUCAUACUGAGUGCGGCCGAUCUGCUGUCGAUGCGGCUCACCGCCAAGCUGGUCGUGCUGAGCUCGUACCACUCGGUCGAACCGAUCACGGGCAGCGGAGUGGCUAACCUUGCCAGCAGCUGGCUGUUUGCCGGCACCGGUGCCGUGCUCGUGUCGCUCUGGCCCGUGCCGGAAACGGCCGCCAAGAUACUGCUGCGUGCGUUCUACUCCGCACUGCUGCAGGGCACGCGCGCCGCCCGCGCGCUGGCGGAAGCGAUGCAAACCGUGCAGCACACGAAACACUUUGCCCAUCCGGCGAACUGGGCCGGCUUCAUCCUGAUCGGCGGGAACGUGCGGCUGUCCAACAAGGUGGCGCUGAUCGGGCAGGCGCUGUGCGAGCUGAUGCGCACGCCGGACAAGUGCCGGGACGCGCUGCGCGUCUGUCUGCAUCUGGUGGAGAAAAGCUUGCAGCGCAUCCACCGCGGCCAGAAGAACGCAAUGUACACGACGCAGAAGAGCAUCGACAACAAGGCGGGCCCGGUGAGCGGCUGGAAGGAUCUGCUGAUGGCGGUCGGGUUCCGGUUCGAGCCGGCCGCCAACGGCAUCCCGUCGAGCGUGUUCUUCCCGCAGAGCGACCCGGAAGACCGGCUGUCCCAGUGCUCGGCGAGCCUGCAGGCGCUGCUCGGGCUGUCCCCGACCACCCUGCACGCGCUGUCGAAGCUGGUGCACGGGGCGGAGAUAGCGGACGAAAUCAUUGGCGUGAUGCGCAACGUGGUGGCGCAGUUCCCGUCCAAGGCGACCGACAACGAGAGCGCGAUCGAUGUGCCGCUGAGCGUGCGGCUGUGGCGUGUGUCCGGCUGCCACGAGCUGCUCGCCUCGCUCGGGUUCGACCUGAUGGAGGUGGGCCAGGACCAGGUGACGUUGCGCACCGGGAAGCAGGCGAACCGGCGCAACUGCCAGUUCGUGCUGCAAGCGCUGCUGGCACUGUUCGACACGCAGGAGGCGCCCAAGAGUUUGGGCAUCGAGUCGAGCAGCAGCUCGGAGUCGCUGAACGAGGAGGACGAGCAGGACGAGCAGGGUGCCGCCGCGGCGCAACAAUCAACCGCCCAACAGUCGCAGCAAUCGCAGUCACAGUCUGCGCAGCAGCAGCAGCAGCAGCAACAGUCGUCGCAGCAACAAGUGACGCAACAGCAGCAGCUGAAGGUGUCCUCCAGCGUGAGUCCAACGCCAACGAGCGGCGACUCGCAGCAACGCAGCAUCUCCCCGGCCGUCACGGUCAAAUCGCAGUCGAGCUACAACUUCUCCCGCCCACCACUGCCGCUGCGCCGCGUGCCGUUCCUGAGCACGCGCAGCGCCUUCAUCUCGUACGUGCGGCGCCGCGGCGAACCGGACGGUGGCCAGACGGACAGUGCGCAAACGGCACCGUCCGCCAAUGGACCAGCGCUCGACACCAGUCUGGCCAACACCACCGACAGUGAGCUGUCGGAUGGGUACACCACGCAGCAGAUCCUGCUCAAGAGCGACCAUCUCGCCAAGGGACUCGGCUACUCGAGCCUGCGCGGCACGAUCAAGGUGUCGCGACCGGGCGGUGGCGGCGAGAGCGAUGCCGCCUUCACACCGAGCCCCCCGGUCACGAUCCAAACCGUCGAUCAGAACGUGUCGCUCGCGCUGGCCCACCAGACGCGCAUCAAGAACCUGUACACCAACAAUGGCAACGGGCUGCUGCACGGCACGAUGAACGGUGGCCACGGGCCGACGGCUGCCCCGUCCGGGCUGGCGUCCGGGUACGCCGGCCUACCGGACGGGGUGCACCACCAUCCCAACCCGGUCCACCAUCAUCGCCGGCCGGACAGCUCCAGUUCCGCCAGCUCGGCCACGGACUGGGAGGGCUCGGGGCACGCGACCGUGCUGCGCCGAGCCGCCGGCCACCAGGGCCAUCAUCUGCCGCCGCUACCGCCGCCCCGCCAGACGCUGCCGAUGGUGGAGAGUUUGCGGCCGCUCGCACCGCUCGCCCCGGUCUACAACAACAUCAAUGGGGCGGUCGGACCGUCGUCCGUUGGUGGUGUGGGUGGCGUCGCCGGCGGCAAGAGUGGCGGCCAGAAGUCGCUCUCGGUGCUCGAAUCAACCAGCUCCGAUUCGGAGUUUGAGCGCUCGUUCGAUCUGCCGCCCGGUGGCCCGGGCCCCUCCAAUGCGGCCUCCAUCAGCAGCAAGCUCACCUCGCUGGCGCACAGCCUGCAGAGUAUGCGCACGCGCAACAAGCUGAAGAUGGGUCCGAUGCCACACAUCCCCACCGCCGCCGGUCAGCAGCAUCUGCAGCAGCACCACCAACAGCAGCAGCAGCAGCAGCAGCAGCAGCAACAGCAACAGCAACUCCACCAGCAACAGCUCCACGGCCAUCCGCUGCACAGCACAACCAGCACGAUGAGUCGCUCGAAGCUGCCGGUCGACCAGUUCGGCUUUCUCGAUCGGCUCAGCUGCCGGACCGAGAUCUCAUCGGCGGCCACACUCGGCAGCCUUGCCGCGCCGCCCCGCAAACCCCUCUCGACCCUGCCGGACGACGAGCGUACGCUGAACCUGAACGCGAACAAGCUCUACUUCUCGCCGACCGACGCCGAAAUGCUGCCGCUGGCGGAAGCAUCCCCGGCCGAUCUGGGCCUCGGCGGCAAGGUGGCGACCUCGCACGCAGCCUCGGCCCACGCACCACCGCUGGGCGGUGUCGGUGCGGGCGCCCCCGGACCGGGCGCCUCGUCCAGCAAGGACGUUCAGCCGGGCGCGAAAUCGAGCCAGAAAACGAUCCAAGACUCGAUCCUGCGCCACAUGUCGCGCGAGAUGACACCGACCAUCUCGGAGGUGUACCACGAGCGCAACAUCGGGCUCGGGCUGGCGCCGUCCCUGUCGAAGCUGCUGCUCAGCAAAAACUACGACGAAUCGCCCGACCUGGGCAAGGGCAGUGGCAGCAACGGCAGCAACGGUGGUGGUGCCGGUGUCGGUGGUGCACUAGCGGCAGGAGGGGCCAGUUCGGCCGCGGCAGCUGCCGCCUCGAUGCUGAACAAACCGAGCGCCGCCCUCACGGUGGGCAAUCUGGCCGAGGCGAUGAACGAGAUCGAGAUGAACGCGACCACGUCGAGCAAGCUGGACGAGGGCGCCUGUGCCAUCUGCCAUUCGCCGUCCGAUCUGCUGUGCGGGUGCAGCGCCACCUCGACCGUGGCCGCCGUCGCCGCCAUGACAGCCGCGCUCGGCGCAAGCACGAUGGCGAAGAAAUCCAGCUCGAACAAACCGUGGCUGAGCAACGUGUCGCCGAACAUCGUGAAGGCGAGCGAUCUGACCACGGCCGACAUACUGGAGCAGCAGAAGCAGCUGAAAUCGUCCGUCAGCAGCGGGCUGACGAGCAAUCUGUCCUCCUCGACCGAGAACUCCCUCUCGACCGUGGUCAAGCGGAGCGGUUCGCCGUUUUCCGACCUGUCGCGGCGCGACGAAGGGGACGGCCGCAGCGUGGCCGAUUCGCAGUGCUCCGGCAGCUUCCGGACCGACAUUACCGGCUCGACCGUUGCUACCUCCAAGAGUCAGCAGCAGCAGCAGAUCGUCUCCUCCUCCUCCCAGCAGCAGCAGCAACAGCAAAAGCAACAAUCAGCACAGCAACAGCAGCUACAAACACAGCAAAGCACCGGUGGCGGCGGCGGCGGUGGUGGUGAUCCGAAUGGUUCGUCCGCGGCACAGCAGAUGGCGUCGUCCGUAACCAUGCCAACCGGCACGACCGUAACGCAGCAACGGGGAAAGUACAUCAUAGACACGUGAGCCAUGGUGUGAGCACCUUCCCAAGGGAUGACUCCCAUAGUGUUGGUAGGUUAGCUCAACCCAGAGAAAGACUGUUUAGAUAGAACGUACAUUAAACUGUGUAAAGAUUUUUAAUGUGAGUGUAUGUAUGUUGUGUGUAAGAUAUGAAAAGAUUUUAAAGAAAGAAUUACAAAGCUAAGAAGUGCAGCAUUUAAGUAGCUUUGGCUCCUCCCACCAAGUUUUUGUACAGGUAUUAGGAAAGUACUAGGUAUUUUAAUCAAUAGAAAACGGUCAUUCGUAAUGUUUAGCAACCCUUCCCAGGUGAAGAUGAUAUUAACUGUAACAUACAUGCUAAACAUGAUAUUUAUGUUCAGCAGAUGGAGAGUUGCACUCCUUCUUCGUUACGCUAAGUUAUUGAAAAAAAAACCCUUGACGGAGCCAAUUUCCAUUUUAUGAAACUAGUG